CUGGUGAUGUGCCAGCUAUCAACUGCCUCCCAGAUGGUGUGCUAUUUUACCAACUGGUCCCAGUACAGACCUGGGACUGGCAAAUACAUGCCCCAAGAUGUGGAUCUUUUCCUGUGCACCCAUCUGAUUUAUGCUUUCUCCAUCAUCAGCAACAAAAACGAGUUGGUUACCUAUGAAUGGAAUGACGAGACCCUGUACAAGACCUAAGGCCUGAAGAGCAAGAACCCCAGUCUGAAGACCUUACUGGCUGUUGGUGGAUGGAACUUUGGCUCAACUCAGUUCUCCAUCAUGGUGUCCACACCUGCCAACAGUCAAACCUUCAUCCAGUCCUCCAUCAAAUUCCUGAGAACUCAUGGAUUUGAUGGUCUGGAUCUGGACUGGGAGCACCCUGGAUCUCAUGGGAGUCCCCCAGUGGACAAGAUGAGGUUCAGUCUGCUCUGCAAGGUGGAACUUGUUGAAGCCUACGCAGCUGAGGCCAAGUCCACCAGCAAUCCUCAGCUCAUGGUAACUGCUGCAGUGUCUGCUGGAAAGGGAACCAUCGAUGCUGGAUAUGAGAUUGCUGAGAUUGCCAAGCAUCUGGACUUCAUCAAUGUGAUGACCUAUGACUUCCAUGGGGCUUGGGAGCAGUUCACUGGUCACAACAGCCCACUGUACCGCGGCUCACAUGACACUGGUGACCUCAUCUACUUCAACACUGACUAUGCCAUGAAGUACUGGAGAGACAACGGCACCCCAGUGGAGAAGCUGAUGUUGGGAUUUGCUGCUUAUGGUCGUACCUUCCAUCUGACAUCAUCCAGCACUGGCGUUGGAGCCCCAGCUAGCGGUGCUGCAUCAGCCGGCCCAUUCACACAUCAAGCUGGAUUCUGGUCCUACUAUGAGGUCUGCACCUUUCUGAAGGGUACCACCAUUCAGUGGAUUGAGGACCAGAAGGUUCCCUAUGCCAGCAAGAACAAUGAGUGGGUGGGAUUUGACACCAGGGAGAGCUAUGAGAUCAAGGUCCAGUACAUGAAGGAUAUGAAGUACGGCGGUGCCUUUGUGUGGGCCUUGGAUCUGGAUGACUUUAAAGGAGAGUUCUGUGGACAGGGAAGCCAUCCUCUGCUGUCCCAUCUGCGUAAACUCAUCGAUGUUGAGAUGCCUCCACUUCCAUUAACCACAACCAAGAAACCUAGUGUUACUACUACAGCAUCAGCCACUACCACAACCUCCAAACCUGCUGUUACCACUGCGGCACCAACCUCCACAGCAACCCCCAAACCCAGUGGUACCACCAAUGCUCCAUCCACCAAGACAACUGUCCCUAUCCCAGGACGGGGCUUCUGCAAAGACAAGGCCGACGGCAUGUACAACAACCCAGCUGACAACGCCAACUUCUACAUGUGUGCGGGAGGCCAAACCUUUCUGAGCACAUGUGCAAAUGGUACCAUCUUUGAUGACAGCUGCAAGUGUUGUUCGUGGCCCUAA